AUGCAAAGAGUCAUUCGAAGGACUGCUCUGGCGCGGAACCAGGCGCAACGAAAAGCAAUCCGUGCCGCCAAAGAUGCCGAACGCGAAGAAUUGAACGAUUCCCUGAGACAACGAUUCGCCUACCAGCGCAUUGAACUCGAUGCCGUUCGCGCCGAGAGACAACGUCGUCGGGAAGAUUGGAUGCGGGGACCACUGGCACCAAAGCGGGAUGCUGGACCUGAAGGGAAGAGCUUUGGUGCUUUGAGCCCGCAAGCUAUGAACCCGCCUGUGAUUCCGAAGCAUCUCCGAAGGAAAUAUAUCAAUAUUGCUCCCGGGGACCGAGUGUGUGUUAUGAAAGGGAAAGACAAGGGCAAAAUUAAUGAGGUCGUUCGUGUUGACCCGGCAAAUGAGACGGUCAUGGUGAAGGAAACCAAUGUGGCCGAUGUGACUUUCCCACCCUGGUUAAACGAACAGUACGGACAUAAGAGCCCCGUACACUCGAUUAACCUGCCCGUUGCCCUCGACGAUGUCAAACUUGUGGUUGCUCUCGAUGAUCCGGCCACUGGUAGCACCCGGGAUGUCCUUGUCGAACAUGUCUAUGGAGGAGAACCGUUCCUUGAGCGACCGUACGGCACCGACACACCCCGACACACACGAUACAUUGCAGGCGAGAACAUCGAGAUUCCCUGGCCCCGCAGUGAUCCCGCGGAACAGAAGGACGAGGAGUGGGACACUUUACGGAUGGAAGUUGAGACACCUACUUGGGUGCCGUCGUUACACAACCCGCCAUUCCCCUCGAGCGUUCUCGACGAGAUCCGGAACAAGUUCUCGAAGUACCGGACACGGCACGACCCCGAGUGGGUUGAGCAGAUGAAGCUGGAGGACUACAAGAAGGAAUAUCUUCAAAGCAGGUCUUUGUUGACACCGAAGGGUGAAUUUAUUGCCAUGCUGCGGGCGAAGAGCGCAGCGAAGACACAAGCGCAGAAGGAUGCUGAUGGCAACGUGAUCAUGGAUGAUCAGACGGCCGGGUUUAUCGAAAAGUUUAUGAAGGAGAAGGCCAAAUCUCCGGCUUAG